AUGAGCACAGUAACAGAAAAAAAUUUCGUUAAUAAGCCACAACAAAAACUCAACAAACAAAACGAAGCGAACGGAUGGUACGCUAAUGGUGCAUUCGUAAUUGCAACUCAUUUAUUAGCUUUAUACGCUUUGAUCUUUCAUACACCCGCUUCACAGACAAAAUGGCUCACUUUUGUUCUAUGGCAACUUGCUAGUCUUGGCAUUACAAUGGGUUAUCAUCGAUUAUGGAGUCAUAGAGCAUUUACAGCACGUCUACCACUUAGAAUGGCUCUUGGAGUCAUGGGAACUCUUGGUUUUCAAGGAUCAAUAAAAUGGUGGGUCCUAAGACACAGAUUACAUCACAGAGGAUUCUGGUUUUCACAUAUUUUAUGGAUUUUCCAAAAACCAAGAUAUACAAAAAUGAAAUCAAUUGAUUCCUCAGAUUUAGUUUCUGAUCCAGCCUUUUUCUUUGGAUUCAUACUUCCAACAGUCAUAGGAUCACUUUGGAACGAUGCAUUAGGUGGAUUUUUGUAUGGUGGAGUAAUUUGUCGCAUAUUGAGCUGGCAUGGUACAUUUUCUAUAAACAGUUUCGCACAUUGGACCGGUGAACAACUUUAUUCAAACGAAAUCUCUGCUCGUGGAAAUCUUUUACUUGCUAUAAUAACAGGCGGUGAAGGUUAUCAUAACUUUCAUCAUGAAUUCCCUAAAGAUUAUAGAAAUGGAUAUAGAAUCUUCGAUUAUGAUCCUACAAAAUGGUAUAAAUUGGAUUGGGGUGUGGAUCCAAGCUCAUUACCCGUAAUCUCCUACUCCGAAUAUAACAAGACUGUAAACGACGAGGGCAAAGAUUGGUUCGUGAUUGAUGAUUUUGUUUUGGAUAUCGCCGAAUUCAAGGAAAGUCACCCUGGUGGUGCCAAAAUUUUAAAAGCUUUCUACGGAAAAGAUGCCUCAAAAGCAUUCCAUGGCGGAUUAAAUAUACACUCCAGAGCUGCUAACACUAUGUUGGCUAUGUUUAGAGUUGCUAAAAUUGAUAGAUCUUUGGACAAACAAGAUUAA